UAAUUUGUUCUAAGACUUUAAAAUUUGUUGUAAUUUUUUUUGUUUUGCUUAAUUUUUCUUCAUUUUAUGUGAUUAAAGUUAGGUUAAUGAGUAAUUUAACUUACUUGGUGAUUUUUUUUAUUUGAAGUUAUGUGAUUUUGUUAGAUUAGAAAUCUUUUACUUUUAUUCCUCAAGUGGGUUUAUGGUAAUUUGAGUUUAGAGGUUUAUUUUUGGGUAUUUUGUGUAUUGUUAGGUGAUAAGUUGAGAUUUUUGUUUAUUUGUGGGAUUUUCUAGGAUGCUGUUGAUAAAUGUUGUGAUUUGGGGUUAACUUGGAAAAAAAAUGAUGGUAAUUUCUGACUUUUGAUAUAAUAGGAUAUUUUUGGGUUUAGUUAGUAGAUUAUUAGGGUUUUCUUUGUAGAUGGUUUAGCUCUACAGUUUUUAACUUGGAAAAAAAAUGAAUGGUUCUGUAGGACAAUUCAUUUUAUAUAAUCUCACUGUUUUCUUGAGAAAAGAUAUAUGGUAUUAAAUAAUAAAUAAUAUUUCCUCUCAUUCACUAUUAUUAUCGUAAUAGUAUAAAUCCCGUGCAUUGAUUUCUUGGUGUAAACAUCUAUACAAAAUUAGAUUUUCAAAACAACAGGGAACCUCAUAAGUUUAAUUUUUUAAUUUAAAAUAUACAUUGUCGUACUAGUAUAAAACCUGUACUAGUAUAAUUUAUUGAAUCCAAACUCUUGUACAUCCUUUCUUCCCGGGAAAAAGUGAUAAUAUAUGUUCGUUGCCCUUAUCAAUAAUCUCGUUCGUUGGUGUUAGUAUUGCCCUCUCUUUAAUGUACGAACUAUUCUUUUUAUUUAUUCUUCUAUUAAAAUAGAAAUCAAUAAAGUGAAAUUUGUAUUACUAGUACAAAAGAUUAUUUUGUUUGACAUAAUUAGAAUUGAAGUGUAUAGAAAUAGUGUUGAAAUUAGUUUAAAAUUUGUUUAGUGAUUUGUUUCAUCUAGAUAAAUUUAAAGUUUAUUUAAAUGCAAUUUUAUCUCAGCCAAUAAAUAAUUGUUACCCUAUAAAUAUAAAUUUCCCAAAUUCAAGAUUAUUUAGUAUAUCAAUUAGAAAAACAAUCUCUGCAAAUUUGUCUCAGCUAAUAAACAACUCUUACCCAAUAAAUGCAAUUUUGCCUCGGCCAAUAAUUAGGAAUAAAUAUGGCAACUAUCUAUUAAAACUGAAAUUAAUUAUACUAUAAAAUUAAAAUUUGUUUAAGAUAAUCAAAGCUUUUGUGUUUUGAAUACUACAAAAUUAAAGACUUCAUGCAAAUUAUAUUGUGAUUUAUUUUAUUUAUAAUUAUUUUGAAGAUUCUAUGCAAAUGAUUUUGUGAUUUGUUAUGUUUAGUAUAUUAUAAAAUGAUUUUUAUUAAUGCAAGUAUUUAUCAAUUAUCAAUCAAUUUAUGCAAAUUUGUUUCAUCCAGUAAAUAUCAAUCAACAAAACAAUCAAGACUAAUUUGUCUCAAUAAGUAAAAAAGGAAAAUACAAAUGGCAAUAAAACUUUAAAAGUACAAGUCUUUUUAUUGCAAAAAUCAUAGUCAAGCAUCCUUUAAUUUGUGCGAAACUAUAUCAAGCAAUAAAUUACAAACAAUACGAAAUCUCUACUAAUAAACAUUCAGUCAAUAAAAAAAUUACACAUGGCAACAUUAUGUUAAACUGCCAUUUAUUAAUUUACAUCAAAAUUAUUAGUUUGUAUGAUUUGAUUUUGUUACGUUUGCCAAUGUAGUAUUUCAGUCCUUAAUAUUUCUUAAUAUUUCUAAUUGAGUUUGAGUAAAAAUUGUAAUAAGUUGAUAUUAAUAAAAGGAAAAAUUGACAUUAAUAAUUCAAUCUUUUUGCUCAUCCGCGGUGAAUAUUAUUUUCUAAUAAUCCAACAUUUGCCCUUAAUUCUCUAUGAAUAAUUCAACCUGUGUUUUAGUUUGCUGACAGCAUACUCUAUUAUUACCUAUUAUUAGUAAUUUGGUAUGUUGUGGGCAAAUAUAUGACAAAAGUUAGAUUAUUAAAAAAUAAAUCAUAAGUGGAAUUAUGCACAGCAAAUGUCAAUUUUUGCUUAAUAUAAUUUUUAACACAAAUUAAAUAACACAAAUUAAAUAAGAUCCCAUUUGACUAUAUAUAAACUUAUAUAUUAAAAUUAAAACCCAAUUUAAGAGUGAUUGAUGAAUAGUUUUCAAAAAGAAAAUCGAGAUAAUAAUAUUGAAUAUGAGGUAAUAUUAGUUUUUCAGGACCAUGCUUUAUUUAUGGCUUCCUAUAGAUUCUACUUGAGUUUGCCUUGUUGGCUGUCUGAUUUCAACUUGAUGGGUAGGGUUAGAUAGCAUCGGUGGUGGAUUUACAAUUUUUUAGAGUGGGAUCAAUAUGAUAUUUAGUGGUGCUAAGUUAUUCAAUUUCAUACAAAAAUAUUGCAAAUUAUAAUUAAUUCUUAAACAUACAAAUUUAAAUGUGCAAUCAACUGUGUGGCUCAGCUACUGGAUAGUGUAAAGAAUGUUCAAAUUUCUGUUUGCGGUUUCCCUAGGUAAUUCUUCUGCUAAUUUUAGCGUUGGUUUGUUUUUUCACUAGUGUAAGGUUAUCAGGGCAAACAUAAAAAUCACUGUAUAUCCGAGCUGCUUCGGUUGUUUAGAGCUUUUGGAUUGGGUAGUUUUCUUGCAGUGUUUAUAAGUUCGAAUUGUGUAUUUGCGAGUUUUUCUGUGAGAAAUCCAUAUGGGGUUUUUUUUUCUUUAUUUAGCUAUGCAUGAGGAAAUUUGGCAUUUUGUCUGGUGAAAAAAGGGGAAAUCAGGCCUGGCUCGAGAGAGCUUUUUGGAUUCCAGCCAUCAGGGGUUGGUGCCGCUUAUGGCACCUUCUCGUGUGGCUGGUGGAUUGUCUCAAACUUCAGCAAGCUCUGGUGUUUUUUUCCAAGGAGAUGCUCAAUCUCAGAAUGUAAUUAACUCUCACUUGAGUUCGUCUUUUGGGAACUCUGCAAAUUCAAUUUCUGGAACAGGGCGUUCAAACCUAGGUCCGGUUUCUGGUGACGUGAAUCAUACAAUAUUGAACAGUGUGGCAAAUUCAGGGGCAAGUGUAGGAGCUAGUUCAUUGGUUACUGAUGCAAACUCCGCCUUCUCAGGAGGUCCCCAGUUGCAAAGAAGUGCCAGCAUCAACACAGAAUCUUACUUGCGUUAUCCUGGAUCACCAAUGUCGUUUACAUCCAAUAAUAUUAGCAUUUCUGGUUCUUCUGUAAUAGAUGGGCCAUCAACAGCACAACAGGGCUCUCAUAAUGACCCUAACUCUCAACAAGUUAUUCAGAGCCAACAUCAGUUUCCACAAGGGGCCUCUGGAGCUUCAUCACUGUCGGCAUCCCAGACAGGCAAUAUUCCCCUUUCUAUGGUUCAAAGGAUUCCCAACUCUUUCAUCCAAGAUCCUUCCAAUGUUUCCCAGUAUUCCCAGUUACAAAAGAAAUCACGGCUGGAUAUUAAGCAAGAAGAAAUCUUGCAACAGCAAGUUUUGAAACAGUUGCUUCAGAGACAAGACCCAAUGCAGUUGCAAAGUCAUAAUCCACAGUUACAAGCCAUGCUUCAACAACAAAGGCUACGACAGCAGCAGCAGCAAAUGCUGCAGGCUAUGCCACCAAUGCAGCGUGUUCAGUUACAACAGCAACAACAGCAGCAACAACAGCAGCAACAACAGCAGCAAUUGAGGCAGCAUCUUCAACAACAAAGCUUGCAGCAAAUGGCUGCCAUGAAGCACCCAUCAGAUACUGGUGGUGUAUGUGCUCGUCGUCUGAUGCAAUACCUCUAUCAUCAACAGGGGCGACCAAAAGAAAAUACUAUUGCAUAUUGGAGAAAAUUUGUGGGAGAAUAUUAUGCUCCCCGUGCUAAGAAAAGGUGGUGCUUGUCUUUAUAUAACAAUGUUGGACAACACGCAUUAGGGGUUUUUCCACAGGCAGCCAUGGAUGCUUGGCACUGUGACAUAUGUGGCUCCAAGUCCGGCAGGGGGUUUGAAGCAACAUAUGAAGUACUUCCCCGACUAAAUGAAAUCAAAUUUGGCAGUGGCAUUAUAGAUGAGCUCUUGAUUGUUGAUUUGCCUCGUGAACGUAGAUUUGCCAAUGGAAUCAUGAUACUAGAAUAUAGAAAAGCAGUUCAGGAGAGUGUGUAUGAGCAACUUCGUGUGGUCCGUGAGGGUCAGUUGAGAAUUAUAUUCACCCAGGAUCUAAAGAUCUUAUCAUGGGAGUUCUGUGCACGACGUCAUGAAGAGUUGCUUCUUAGGAGGCUUGUUGCUCCACAGGUGAGUCAGCUACUUCAGGUUGCACAAAAAUGUCAAAGCACUCUAGCUGACGGUGGAUCCGAAGGAGUGUCUUCUCAAGAAUUACAAACAAACAGUAAUAUGGUUGUGACAGCUGGUCGGCAGCUUGCUAAGAGUUUAGAGCUACAAUCACUCAAUGACUUGGGAUUCUCUAAAAGAUAUGUUAGAUGUUUGCAGAUUGCUGAAGUUGUUAACAGCAUGAAAGAUCUCAUAGAUUAUUGCCGGGAUAAUAAAGUUGGACCUAUAGAGGGCCUGACAAGUUAUCCUCAAAGCUCUGCAUCCAAGCUGCAGAUUCGAAGGAUGCAGGAAAUGGAGCAGCUUGCUAGUAUUCAGGGUCUGCCCACCGACGGGAACUCUAUGAAUAGACUUAUGACAAUGCAGCAGCAAGGAAUGAACAACCCCAAUAUGGGAAACAACCCUAACAUGGGAAACAAUCCUAUGCAUGCCAACAUGGGAAACAACCCCAACAUCGGAAACAACCCCAACAUCGGAAACAACCCCAACAUUGGAAACGGCCCUAAUAUGCUUGCCAAUAACCGAGGUUCAUUGAGUGGGUCAGCAGCCUCUGCCGUAGCACUUACCAACUAUAAUAAUAUAAUGAUGAGACAGAACUCUAUGAAUUCAAGUGCUAACUCACUUCAGCAAGAAGCUGCUUCUUCUCAUAACAAUCCGAACCAAAGCCCGUCUUCCUCUUUCCAAGGGCCUUCUAGUGUCCUUCCAGGCUCAAUGCAGAACUUGCCAGUUGGUGGGUUUCCGAAUCCGCAAUUGGGUGCUCAGCAACAGCAACGAGUUAGCGUUGUAUCUCAACAGAAUCAACCAUUGAAUCAACAUGCAUCACAAGGCAGCCAGGCUUUACCACAGUACAUGAUACAGCAGCUACUGCAGGAUUUUUCGGGAAAUAACGGAACGGGCCAACAGAAAACCUUUGGUGGGCCAAAUAUGAACCCAAACCUAAGCAUUAACGGAAUGGGAUACGGAAACAAUGGUGCACCAGCAACACCUGCUGCUUCGAGUAAUGUUACUGGAGGCGGAGGUCCUAGUGUUCUAAGUAAGAGCAACAGUUUUAAAGCUGGUUCUAACAGCGACUCUUCAGCAGCUGGAGGUGGAUUCAAUCAGAAAGCACCGGAAGUUUUGCCAAAUUUGCAAAUGACGGAUGAUAUAGUUCCCGAAUUGCCCCAUGAUUAUACAGAAAAUGGGUUUUUCGGCAGUGAUCUUGACGACAAUAUGGGAUUUGGAUGGAAGUGAGAUUGUUUUGAGGGGCAGACAACUAACUGGAUGAUUCUGAAAUGGCACCCAUAUUAUUAUUAUUAUAGGUGUUCAGGAAUCACUGUGUACAGUUUAUUGUGAUAGUUAUCAAAUUUCUCAUUUUCUUUUGGGUUUUUAAAUUGAAGUUUCUUAAAUUGUAGCACAACAGUAGUGUGUAGUCUAUAGCAAUCAGUUCUGGGUUUUUCUGAUUUAUUUCUGAACUUGUGAUCUAUCAGUAAUCAGAUAUAACCUACUGUUUUAUUCCCUCUU